UAUGAUGCAACUAUGACGGACUAAUGGAGGCUACUUAUCACCCCUUCUUGCAACAUAUCACUCACCUAUCACAUGCCACUUGAUCCGACAUCUAUGGAGGGCAUUUAAAUUUGACAGGGUCUGUAAGAUUCUAUGCAGUGUCCAGGCACUCGACAUGUGGUCUUCUACCUGUGCUACUCUCACAUACAUAAAGCUAAGGUACACUGCGUCAUUCUCGAUCCACAAGAAGUCGUUGUAUUUUUCUGCAUCAUGUCUAGUAUGGAGUCUGGUGUAGGAACAACAACGCUAGUACCUUUGGAGGCACGAAUUGCUCGUUAUGACGAGUAUUUCGAUCCGCGAUUGUCAACAACCGUCUACAAAAAGACGAACACAGAUAAACAGUCAAAACACCUCAAGAGACUGAAUCAAAAGAAACCAGUCCUUGUCAUCCGACGAGUCAUAGACGACAGAGGCCGAUACACAGGGACUGAAAUUGACAUCCGAAGUCAAGAACUUUGCGAGGUGCUUAUGGAGAUACACCAAGGUGUGGAGGGCUUAGAACUCUCACGAAGUUCCCCUGUCUGUGACACGAAGUUGCUCUUUCUUUCUUUCAACGAGCUCAAGGAACGACUAGAAUUGGAAAGGUCGAAAGGCACGCCAAACGCUCCGCUAAUUUCUGAAAUCGAAGUAGCCCUUUACUUUAUCUUGGAGGAACACAAAACCACCUUCGCUGACCUUCAGUCAUUGACAAGACACGAGUCUAUCACCUUCGAUUUACUUUGGACAUUAUUCCGUCAUGGCAUCCUGGUCUUCAAUCGCCACGAGUUUACCGAGCAGGACCACAUUCUCCAAGUGACGCGCUUUGACAUCGUACAAACAGCUGAAGGAAUCUUCGCUGCAAUAUAUUGCCAUGUGAUCACUGACGACGGCGAGCAUUUUGGAAUUUCUGAACAAGAGCUUUUGAUCCCGUCGUUCACAGGAGAGCGAAAGAUACAAAGCCUGUCUGUUUUUCCUCUCUCCUUACACUCGAAUGAACGCGACAUUCGCAAAUUUGUUGCCACACGAGGUCGGAAAUUUGCAAGCUUGCAAUGUCAGACUUAUGGUGAGAUUUCCGGGAUGGCUGCCUGUGUCGUCAACGAUAAGGAUAUUCGAAAAUGCAGGGCUUCCGGGCGCGUCAUGAUCGAUCCUGGCGCAUUUCGUAUGUUUCAGCCUAACUCUAGUCUCAAUCUCCCGGUUUCUACCCCGUUGAAGCGAGCGGAACUCGAGGAAGAGCAAUACAUGAUCUGCACUCCUGUUAUCAUGGGCUUUUGCUUCAGAACAAAGCAGUGGGGUGGGUUCGCUCUUGACCGCCUGCGGGACGUAUCCUGGUCAUUGGAGCCUUUCAAUCGUCUGGUCCUGGACAACAGACACAAGGAAUUGAUCCAUGCAUUAGUGGAGCAGCACGCAUCGCGUGCGUCGAACUUUGAUGACUUUGUAGAGGGGAAAGGAAAAGGCCUUGUCGGAUUGCUUGCAGGUCCACCUGGAUGUGGUAAGACACUUACAGCGGAAGCAGCAGCAGAGGUGACAAAACGUCCUUUGUAUUGUAUUUCAGCUGGCGAAUUGGGGUCCAGCCCUGAGCAUGUAGAUGACGGUCUGACUCAGAUUCUGGAACUUGCCCAACGGUGGAAAGCAGUCGUUCUUCUCGAUGAGGCAGAUGUUUUUCUGUCACAGAGGGGGCAGACUGAUGUGGAGCGGAAUGCCUUAGUCUCUAUUUUUCUACGGCAGCUGGAAUACUAUCAGGGAAUCAUAUUUUUGACGACCAACUUGGUCUCACAGUGUGAUGCUGCAUUCGAGAGCCGAAUUCACUUCACGGUGCACUACCCGCUGCUGUCUCAUGUCUCGCGCAGACAGAUCUGGAAGACAUUCAUUGAUAAGACAUUGGAUACCAACCAGUCCUUAAUCGGCGAGGCCGAAAUCGAUGCCUUGGCUCGGGAAACGCUCAACGGUCGUCAGAUCAAGAACACUGUGGGAACUUCUCUCUCCCUCUCGUUACAUUCCAAUACACCGCUUUCUGUGGAACACAUCCGUACAGUGCUUGAUUCUAUGCAGGAAUGGAACAAGGCUCGGGAACACCACAACACAAGUUAUUUGGCAUCUGAGCAUAAAUCAGAUUUGCGGGUCGCUGUCCCGGCUGGCAUACGACUUGAAAGUGCAGUGCAUUACAUUGCACACAUCUCGAUUGUUAUUCUUGCAUAUCUCUUCUUGUUUAAGAGUGCAUAAGCUGGCCAAACUUGGCCACAUGUCAUUGAUUGGACUUUAUAUUGCACUACUACGCCCUGGAAUUUAGACACUUAGCUAUGUUUUUACCCGCCACUCAAUGGGCACAAUUCAACACGUAGUACACGGUUGGAUGUCUGUUCUGUAGGGUCUACCGCAUAUUAUCGCAGACCACAUGCCAUUAUAAAUUAGGCUUCAUGUUCGACUGGCUCUGGAAUAGAAACCAUGUGGCGAGAGG